AUGGAGUUGAACCAUCUUUUGUGCAGUUGCUGCUCUCACUUUAUCGCCAAGCUACCAAAAGUUCUUCCUCACGAGAGGAUACGUCAUCAUUCUAGUUUUCAGGCUUUGAAAAGUUCAGCUGAAGAUGGGUGCCCGAUUUGUGCCCGUUUAUUGGAUGGUUUCUUCUAUGAUAAAGACCUGGAUGAUUUUGGCACCGAAAAUGAAGAAAGCUUUGAAUUGAAAUGGAAGCGAGACGUGUUUUCAAAAGCUUCUAUUACUGGUUUGUUCUAUGUUUACUUUAAUAAGAGAUACCUCUCCCUCACAAGGUACUGGUUUUGUCCUAUAAAUAGUAAGCUUUUAAUCAUCAAAUCCCCACUUGUGAAUUACUCUAACUUUUGUCAUGAUUAAAGUAUAUAAACUAAAGUUUUCGCUAAGGCACAACUAGUACUACACAGAUUGAGCACAACUACCAUGAGGAUUGUACCAGCGUUAUUGCUUGUCAAGAACUUGCUUCUCACUGGUUCCAAGAGUGCCUGCAGAACCAUCAAAAGUGCCACAAACCAAGUUCAAAGGAACCACAUCCUACAAGGCUUUUGAGUGUCGGUUCAAAGGGGGCCCCCAAACUCCGACUUCAUGUUAACGACGCAAAUUCACUUCAAGCAGAACAAUCUUACGCAACACUUAGCCAUUGCUGGAGUAGUAAAAAGAUCAAAAAGCUCCUUGACGAUGAUUUGAUUUCCAUGAUCAAGGGGAUAUCCGUCGACGAGCUUCCAAAGACCUUUCAAGAUGCCAUAGAGCUCACGCGUAGACUUGAAAUUCAGUUUCUAUGGAUUGACUCGCUGUGUAUUAUCCAAGACUCGACAGAAGAUUGGGAGCAAGAGUCUGCUCGGAUGGAGAGCGUUUACAAGAAUGCAGUGUGUAAUAUCGCUGCAACAGCAGCAGAAAAUGGCGAAAAGGGCUGUUUUGUUAAGCGAAACCCUGCGUUGGCCAAAGCUUGUAGGAUGCGUAUCAAUACUUCGGAUUUUGAGGGAGUAUACGAACUCGAACUAAAAAAUGAUGAGGGGAAAGAUGUUGUGAUAGAUGCACCACUAAAUAAACGUGCAUGAGUUAUGCAAGAACAAUAUCUAUCUCGCCGGGUCAUCCAUUGUACUCGGUCUCAGCUUCUUUGGGAGUGUGCAGAGCUUGUAAGCAAAUAUUCUCCCGAAAGUUACAUUGGACCCUGUACUAAAAUCAUGUAGAAAGCAUUUGAACAAUAUCCUACUGGCAUUCCUUGGGAGGAUCAGUACCUAGGCCUUGUUUCAAGGUUCUCUAAUUUGCCCUUUCCUGAAGAAGUUUACGGUGUGGAUAGGAUACUUCAAAAAGAGAAAUCAGAAGACAAAGCUGAUUCCUUGUUUCGUGGGGUUGGUUUAUGGAACGAUUUGGUGGAUAAUUACACGAACAGGUCUAUAACAAAGAAUCAGAUAAGCCCAUUGCUAUCUCUGGACUGGCUAAGGUCGCCACUGGUUCAAAAAUUCGGACCCGAGGCCGACUAUCUUGCUGGUCUCUGGUCUCGUUUUCUUCCCAUUCAACUAGUAUGGACAGUAGGGUUUGUGAAUGACUCGACUGCUGAGAAAGCAAAAGGUUAUUGUGCACCAAGUUGGUCUUGGGCGUCUUUAAAUUGGAGAGUUGAAUACAGAAACGAAUUUAGCCAAGACCGACGAUAUAUGAUACAAAUAUUGGAAGCGGUCACUGAAUUGGUAACCACGAAUCCGAUGGGUCAAGUAUCUGGGGGUUACAUCUGCCUGAGAGGUUGGCUGCAACGAAUAACGCUUCACCGCGCAGAAAUAGUGAGCCGUUAUCAUUAUUUUCCCUUUGGCAUGCGGUUGUACUUGGAUACCCCUGAUGAGUUCACGUCAGAGUUGAUUGAAUGUUUCUGUCUUCCUAUACAUUCGCAGACUGUGUAUCAGAAAGAUGUCUGGGGUUUAUUACUUCAGCCAACCAAAAAUAUCAAGAAUCAAAGGAUGGAAUAUCGGAGAGUUGGAGCUUUUGAAGUAUCUGAGUAUGAGAAAGACUUCGGAUAUUUCAACCGAGCGACUUACCCUGUAACCUCAGAAUACCCGACGGAUGGUAGAAAUUCUGCUCCAGUUUCAGAAAAUCUUUCCGAAAUGGGUACAGACGGCAACUUGGACGAAAGCAUAUUGGCAAAACAGGCAGCCGAUGCAAGGGAAUUACGCGAGAGGGAAAGUGAGGAAGAACGAGAGAAUGGGACCAACGCCAUUGACAGAAAGACUGGCUGGGUGGAGUCUAUCAUCACUAUCAUUUAA